CUUUCUUCUUACACCGCCGCUGACACUCGCACACCACCUCCUGAACUCUGCCAGCCAGGACCGACGCCUGGCUAUCCUCACGCAUCCAGCACCUACCGUCAUAUCUCCAUCUAUGGGCUCUGCUUCCAACACCGCGACCGCUUCCUUUGCCCUGGGCUGCACCCUGGCUGCCUCCGCGAUCCCGAACGCUGUUUUGACUUUCGGCCUCUCCAAGAUCCACGCGAGCUUUGCCUCGCUGCUGUGGAGUGUACUGGCGGGAGGGCCGCCUUGAGCACUGGGCGGCCGGUAAACGCAACAGAUAUUGAAUUUGGAUAAGCAAGCGGAGGCUUGAUCUCACGCGCAACACACCUAUUUUUACGCGUCGGCGGUCCGUCCGAGCACAUGGCGCGCUUGACCUUCGACCAUGAUGAGGCGCACCCCACGGGAGGGAGCGUGCAGAAUGGCGUCGGCCCUACGAAGAAAGACACGGACGUCUUCCUGAACGGAGCGGGGGCGAUGGCCAUCGAUUCCCCGAAAUCGCCCCUCAAAACGGGUACCCCGCCUAUUACGAUCGCCUCGCCGGUGCCGAAGCGUCUGGUACAGCCAAAAGCAGAGCCCAAGGAGCCAGGGCACGCAGACAAGCUGGAUUUCGACGCCGUCAUGAAGAAGGCUCAGAAGAACAAGCGCAAGAAGAAGAAGGGGCUGAAGCCUGCGCCUGCCAUGAACACGGUUCGGGGCUUCGAGACACCCGUUGCUUCUGGGGAGGAGUCCGAUUUCUCUGUCGCGACCACUCCACGUCUUGGUGCUUCUCUUUCUGCGCUUCCCAGUGUUACCAGCAGCCCGGCCCUGAGGCCGGCGUCCGCUGCUGGAGGUAUCACCAACCUCAAGCAGCAUCUAGAAGCCCUGAACAUCGGUCCGCGCAUUGACUCUCCAGUCAGAGGGGUGUCGAAUGGCCUGCUCAGGUCCGGAUUAUCCAGCAACGCAAGCGUUUCUGGCCUCGAAAGCGAUAGCGACCGGACUGAGAUGGACAGUUACGAGGUCCCUCUCGAGGAGGACUUCGUUAGUCCCGAUGUCCGCUCGAAGCCCUCGACUAUGGUCACAAGCAGCGUCACACGCAAGAUGACCGCAGACGAUUUUGACACUCUGACUUGCCUUGGUAAAGGGAGUUAUGGCACUGUCCUCCUGGUGAAGCAGCGAGCCACCGGCCGCCUCUACGCGCAGAAGCAGUUCAAGAAGGCUUCCAUCACCGUGCGCAAGAAGCUCAUCGAGCAGGCCAAGACUGAGCGCUCCAUCUUGGAGAGCGUCAACCGACACCCGUUCAUCGUCAACCUGUACUACGCUUUCCAAGACCACGAGAAGCUCUACUUGAUCCUGGAGUAUGCCCAGGGCGGCGAGCUUUUCCACCAUCUAGCGACAGAGCGUAUGUUCACCGAGGAUACUGCCGCGUUUUACAUGGCCGAAAUGGUGCUCGCUCUCGACUACCUACAUCGCACUGUCGGCAUCGUCUACCGCGACCUCAAGCCCGAGAACUGCAUGCUAGACGCCGAAGGCCACCUUCUCCUCACUGACUUCGGCCUGAGCAAAGUCGCCAUUGAAGAAGAUGCUACCUGCCGCUCCCUUGCCGGAACCAUCGAGUUUAUGGCACCAGAAGUCCUUCUCGGCAAGGAAUACGGUAUGGCCGUCGACUGGUGGUCCCUGGGUGCGCUUGGCUACGACCUCCUGACCGGCUCACCCCCCUUCACGGGCAACAAUUACACUAAGAUCGAGGAGGGCAUUCUCCGCAAGAAACUCGCUCUCCCGUACUAUAUGAGCCAAGACGCCAAGGACCUUCUUACGCGCCUCCUCCGCAAGGAGCCCAAGAAGCGGCUCGGAUCCAACAUGCCCAAAGAUCUCACUACCAUUAAGACCCAUCGCUUCUUCCGUAAGAUCAAUUGGAAGAGACUCGAAACUAGGGAGCUUGAGCCUCCGAUUCAACCCCUGAUCACGGAUCCGGAACUUGCGGAGAAUUUCUCGACCGAAUUUACGGAUGCGGCUUUGCCGAGCCCGGUGAUGAGCAGGAGGGGCACCUUCGCUGAAGCAGAUUGCAUAGAGAAGGAUAUGUUUGGAGGCUUUAGCUUUGUGGCUAGUCAGAGCCUGUUGGAUGAGGGCGUGUUUGGGUAUUGACUCUCUAUACGAUUCUGGCAUUUUCGGCUCGGUGGAAUCAGAGGAUGGUGUAAUAACAGGGCUCUUUGGACGGCUAGAGUCCUGGCUCGGCGUUCUUGUCUACGUGCUUCAUUGUUGGUUCUUUUGCAUAAGCGCUACGUUUAUAGACAUGUUAAUAGAAGUGUCCGUCUUCCUCGUUUCGAGCACCCGUAGAUUUGGUCUUCCUACCCGAGCCUCACGCUAAAUGCUACGGUCGUCAUAAUUGUUUUCCCAUCCUAAACGCUUAUCGUCGAGUUCCACGGCCUAGCACGGAGGUAUCCUCUCGAUGAGCAGCUUCCCUACCACUCCACAGUAACAAGCCACCCAUCUCUCAAUACCUUCCCCUCCGCAUCCACUCCACCCCAAACAACCACACUCGCCCCAUCAAC